AAUGAAUGAUAUUAAGGAAGUGUAACUGAACUGAAGACCCAACAGCAACUGAACACAGCUGGGGUGUUUAACCCAGGUUUGUGAAGAAACAGCUGCAAAACUACAAGUCCCAGGAUGCCUUUCACCGAACAUAGUUUAUAUAGAGUUCAUACGCCCAGUGUGAUGGCUGGAGUCUGUUUUCCAUAGGCUCCUGACUAGGUUAAAUAAGGCGGAGCAAAUGGCUCCACCCCAGAAGUGUCUAGAAUUGUAUUUGAGCCAAGCCUCAGGGUGGAGCCGGAACUGACCUUUGUACUUCAUGCUGGUCAAGGUUGGUGGGAACUGGCUGUGUGGUUCUGGAACUGGCUGCCGUCCUGACACGUCUCAGAGCUGCAAGCAGGUUUGAUUCCAGGAUCCUGUGGCCCUACUCCCCUCCUUUUAUUCUUUAUCCUUUUCCCUUGGGGUCCUUCCCCCGGGUCUUACAUAAUUCCUGCUGCCCCUGAGGGCUCCUGUGUUAGUCACAGGAUUUUUACUACCUGCUUCAGGAUAAUCCACUUCUGAUAGUCCUUUACUAGGAGACUUAGGUCUCCACUUUCCUGGCAGCCAAGAAGUGCUGGGAAGGACCUGGCUGGGUGGUUCAGUUGGUUGGAGCAUUACCCCGUAUACCUCCAUAUACGUGUAGGUGGAGGGUUCAGUUCCUGGUCAGGGUACAUAUCUAGAUUGCAGGUUCAUUCCACCCAAUUGUGGUGCAUAUGGGAGGCAACUGACUGAUCUCUCUCCCUCUCCCACCCAACCCCCCAAAUCAAUAAACAUCCUCAGGUAAGGAUUGAAAAACAGACACACACAGUCCUGACAGGUGUUCUCAGUGGUUAGAUUGAGGGCCCUGGUCACCAAAGAGCCUCGGGUUUGAUUCCUGAUCAAAGGCACCUGGGUUGCAGAUUCAACAACCAAUCAAUAUGGCUCUCAUAUCAAUGUUUUUUCAAAAAUCGGUGGAAAAAUAUCCUCAGGUGAUAAUUUUUUUUAAAAAGUUCUUGGAAGGAUGGACCUCAGUGCAUUACCAGCUGAGGGUAAAAGGUUGGGGAUCAGGGCUGAGGUGCAAAGAUGGUAUGAGGCCUUAAUGACUGCCCUGCCUUCUGUAGGUACUGCGGUGAGCUAUCAUGGCCUCUCAGCUUCUUGGCCUGGCAGAAGAGUCUGGCCUGAGCCCUGGGGAGUCUGAACUGGCUGUGAACCCCUUUGACGGGCUUCCCUUCUCUUCCCACUACUACGACCUGCUUGAGCAGCGCCGAGCCUUGCCCAUCUGGGCUGCUCGCUUUGUCUUCUUGGAGCAAUUGGAGAGUAGCCCCAGUGGAGUGGUGAUUGUGUCUGGAGAGCCUGGCUCUGGCAAGAGCACCCAGAUCCCUCAGUGGUGUGCAGAGUUUGCACUGGCCAGGGGAUGCCAGGUAACUGUCACUCAGCCCUACCCUCUGGCAGCCCUGAGCCUGGCCCUGCAGGUUGCUGAUGAGAUGGACCUGACCCUGGGUCAUGAGGUUGGAUACAGCAUCCCCCAGGAGGAUUGCACUGGGCCCCAAACCCUGCUCAGGUUUUGCUGGGACAGGCUGCUUCUUCAGGAGGUGGCCUCAACCCGGGGCACUGGAGCCUGGGAUGUGCUGGUACUGGAUGAGGCUCAAGAGCGGUCAGUGGCCUCAGACUUGCUCCAGGGGCUGCUGCGAGAUGCCGGGCUGGGAAACCUUCCAGGGGACCCCAAAGUGGUGGUGGUCACUGAUCCAGCCCUUGAACCUAAGCUCCAAGCCUUCUGGGGCAAUCCUCCUAUUGUACGUGUACCCAGAGGGCCUGGCAGGUGUCCCACUCCCACCUACAGGGACACUGUCCCUCCUGAUCGAGUGGAAGCUGCCUGCCAAGCUGUGCUUGAAUUGUGUCGAAAGGAGGCUCCAGGAGACGUGCUAGUGUACCUGCCCAGUGAGGAGGAAAUUUCCCUGUGCUGUGAAUCCUUGUCCAGGGAGGUAGGGACCUUGGCAAUCCAAGGACCUCCACCACGGGUGCUGCCCCUUCACCCAGGCCAUGGUCAAGCUGUUCAGGCUGUGUAUGAAGACACAGACUCGGGUGCCCGAAAGAUUGUGGUCACUCACUGGCUGGCUGACUUCUCCUUCUCCCUCCCUUCCAUUCGACAUGUCAUUGACUCAGGACUGGAGCUUCGAAGUGUGUACAAUCCUCAGAUCCGAGCAGAAUCCCAAGUGCUGAGACCAAUCAGCAAGUGUCAGGCAAAGGCAAGACAACUACGGGCAAGAGGGGCCCCUCCAGGAUCCUGCCUCUGCCUUUAUCCUAAGUCCUUCCAAGAACUAGAAGCUACCCCAUUGCCCCAACCCAGGGUGUGUGAGGAAAAUCUGAGCCCUCUGGUAUUACUGCUAAAAAGGAGACAGAUUGCAGAGCCAGGGGAGUGUCACUUCCUGGACCGGCCUGCUCCAGAAGCACUGAUGCAGGCCCUGGAAGACUUAGACUACCUGGCAGCCCUGGAUGACAACGGACACCUGUCAGACUUAGCUGCCCCCGGGUUUACCCGUCCUCCACUCUGUGCAGAGGAAGCUGCUUUACGCCGGGCCCUGGAGCAUGCAGACGGUGACCACAGUUCUCUGAUCCAGGUGUAUGAAGCCUUUCUACAGAGUGGAGCAGACAAGGCUUGGUGCCAGGCUCGGGGUCUAAGCUGGGCAGCACUGUGCCAAGCCCAGAAACUUCGAGGAGAACUCCUAGAACUUAUGCAACGAAUUGAACUUCCCUUGUCCCAACCAGCCUUUGGCUCUGAGAAGAAUCGCAGAGACCUUCAGAAAGCUCUGGUGUCUGGAUACUUCCUUAAGGUGGCCCAAGACACGGAUGGGACUGGAAAUUACCUGCUCCUAACGCAUAAGCAUGUGGCCCAGCUCUCCCCAUUCUGCUGCUACCGAAGCCGCCGGGCUCCAGCCAGGCCCCCACCGUGGGUGAUUUACCACAGUUUCUCCAUUUCCAAAGACAACUGCCUUUCCAUUGUUUCUGAGAUUCAACCACAGAUGCUGGUGGAGUUGGCCCCUCCAUACUUCCUGAGUAACCUGCCUCCCAGUGAAAGCAGAGACUUCCUGAACCAGCUGAGGGAAGAAAUGACAGAUUCUUCAACAGAGAGUGAAUCCUCCUCCACCCAAGAAUUUAGAGAUGCCUGUGUCCUGCAGUGACCUGCCUGAGGAAUGGAGCAGAUCUCAUCUCAUUGUAUUCAAUACUUCCUUACUCUGGCACCAAGGCAACCAGCCAGAUUUAAAAGCCGGAAGUUGCCCCGCAGGUGUGGCUUAGAGGUUGAGCGUAGACCUAUGAACCAGGUCUAAGUUCGAUUUCCAGUCAGGGUAUGUGCCCAGGUUGCAGACUUUGUCCCCAGUAGGGGGCAUGCAGGAGGGAACCAAUCAGUGAUUCUCUCUCAUC